ACGCGUUGGCGUUUAGAGGAAGAAAGGGGGGCUCGCUCAACGCCCGGGUUUCCAUUGGUCCGUCCGGAGAACUGCACACGUGCGAACCCCGUGCUGAGCCGGCUGUGCGCUUGCGCGAGAAACGUCAUGUGAGAGCGAACACCGAGGCUAUAAUAAGCCCGGCGGCAGCACGCGCGCCUCCACUCCAGACGUUUUCAGUUUCGGAACGGUCACGCAGAAUCGCGCGCCACAGACACCGGCCGGCUGAAAGAAGCAUAAAGAAUCGACGCAUUAACAGAACCGAUAAUUUCCGGUCACCCCUCCUGGACCACGACAACGUCCCGACCGACGGCCACGACGCCACCACCUCCGUCCAUCUGAAACCCACUGCCGUAGACAAAGAAACCGUGUCCUGUUUCACAUCGCCCGACUCGCCUUCCGAGAAAAAAAAUCUCGCCCACCGUUCAAUGGAAAGCAGGUUCUCGGAGUACAACAGCUCUCUGUCGGCAUGCGAAGGCCCGAGUCUGGUGCCGCUUAGCGGCGCCGAGUCCGAACAAGUGGAGCCCAGUGGCGAGGCCCUGCCACAUUGCGAGCGCUCGACCGACGCACAAGGAGACUGCUGGCAACAGUUGGAGGCCUUCUGGGGUGCGGAGAAGCACCGCUGUCAACACGAACUUCUCCUGCAUGGCAGCAGCACCGAGAACCAGCUCCAGUGCCGGGACUACCUCAGCGAACCACCGCGCACGGCGCUCUUACCCCAGGGCUUAGCUAGGAAUGCCAUCAAGCCAGCGCAGAGCGACUUUCUCUACAUCGUCCGCGGUGAAGACGUCAACGAUGUGCCCACCAGUUACGUUGUCAACGGUCUCCGGCCUCAUGAGUUUCCCGUUAUCGGUACCUACGUGGACAAGCGAGUCGUGCCAGGAUUCCGCUACCGGGUCCGCGUGAACCGCACGUCAAGACAGCUCUUCGACGGUCGGGCCCUCACCCUAGAGAGUGUGGGCAGGGGCUACGGGAAGAGGAUCACCUUUGAGGCGCCCCCAGGGGGCCUGAACGACAACGACAACUACUUCUACUCGGACACCAUCGCGCAGGGCUACGGCUUCUCUCCGGUGGCCCUCGAGGUCGGAGACCGCUUUCGCAUCAGAGACUCCGACAGCGAAGAGCCUUGCGGAGACCUUCUGGUCGCCGAGCUACUCCGCGACCAGACGGAACUGGGCACCGACGUCCUGCAGGACGGGACAGUCGAGAAGCAGAUAAGGGUCUCCUUCCACGCCAAGUUCCUGAGCGUGAGCAACAGGCUCUUGGACAGGCAGCUGACCUGGAACAGGGUUAAGGUCAACGCCGUCGCCUUCCUGGUCAAGCCCCGAAAGGCCCAGCAGGCGACCCUCGAGAGACUAGUCCUGGAGGACUGCGCCCUCGCCGGAUACGAACUGGUGUCCUUCUCGCGGAGAACCGAAGCCGAGGAGUAGUAAGGGCGAUCGUCGGUGGCGUUGUUUCUGGACGUGGCUUUUUGGCCAGCUUGUAGAGUCUCUGGAACAGUCUGUGUUGGUGUGCGUGUCACAUCUGUAUUGGACCGCUCGUCUUCUUCAGACGAGUGUGAGCAUUGGAAGUCGGUCGGUAUUGGCUGACAAGUGAGAUUCAUGUGCCCCGUUUUUUAGUGAAAGCAAAACAAAGCUGCAUAAGCACUCAAGAGCAGCGUCACAAGUUCUGCGCUGCAUAUUGGAUGCUAUUUUUGUUUUCUCAUCGCGAACGUCUUGCCGCGAGCAUUUUGAUAAUUUAUAGCGGACAAUGUACUUCCCUUACGCGGAAGGCGACGAACAACAAGGUCUAAUAAAGCUAUAUUUAAGCGCA